AUGAAGCUUUUCGUCGUCGUCCCGACUCUCGCUCUCCUCAGCACCUUCGUCGUCGCCAACCCCGACCCCAGCUCCACCGACCUUGAGAAGCGUUGUUCCAAGUCCCUCCUCAAAGGCAAGAUUCUCGCUCUAGGCACGUGCGGAAUCCUAUCAGGUGGUUUGGGAGGAUGUGGUAGUUCGUUCGGACCCGGUGGAGCGGUGUUGAAUUCGGGGUUGAACCUCCAUGCGAGGUGCCCCCUGACCUUCCGGUGCAAUGGUUAGUCACGGCCACGUGACUGAAAGAGGGGCAUCUCUCGGGAAUUUUUUGCUAACCGGUGUAAUGUCGUUUUUUUUUUCGUGUUCGAUGAUCAGGCUCGGGCAGAGACGGCUUCCUCUAUGACGUGAAUGGCCACGGAUGCCCGUCCUACCUCCCGCGUGGGUGGCUCUACUAUGGCGUGUAAGUAACCCCAGAAGUAACCCCAGUCGUUCCUAAAUCCCUUUUAGCUCUGAACCUGACAACCUUGUGUUCAAAACACCUGCACAGCUCCACGGGCUGGCAACCCCCUCCCAAGUUCCCUUGCGGGCCUAAGUGGGUCCCCCCACCCCAAUGGCUCCCUUACCGCCAUCUUGCACCGUGGUUCCACUUUUCCGCCAGCGUUUCCGUUGGCGUCGGCGCUGGAGGAGGCGCGGGUGUAGGUGCAGGCGUCGGUGCUGGCGCUGGUGCUGGCGUCGGUGGUGGUGCUGGUGCUGGCGUCGGUGCUGGUGCUGGUGCUGGCGUCGGUGCUGGUGCUGGUGCGGGUGGAGGAGCUGGCGCGGGUGCGGGUGGGGGAGCUGGUGCGGGUGAGGGUGAGGGAGAGGGAUCGGGAGCGGGUGCGGGUGGAGGCUCUGGUGCGGGAGCGGGUGGCGGAGCUGGUGCGGGUGCGGGAGUGGGUGGGGGAGCUGGGGCCGGUGUGGGUGGUGGUGCCGGUGCGGGUGCUGGUGCGGGUGGAGGAGCUGGCGCGGGUGCGGGUGGCGGAGCUGGUGCGGGUGCGGGAGUGGGUGGGGGAGCUGGGGCCGGUGUGGGUGCGGGUGCGGGUGCGGGAGUGGGUGGAGGCUCUGGUGCGGGUGCGGGUGCGGGUGGAGGCUCGGGUGCGGGAGCGGGUAGCGGAGCUGGUGCGGGUGCGGGAGUGGGUGGGGGAGCUGGGGCCGGUGUGGGUGGUGGUGCUGGUGCUGGUGCGGGUGCGGGUGCGGGUGCGGGUGGUCACGGAUGUGGGAAGAAGCAGGCGUACAAGCAUAAGUACAUGAAGAGGCUUGUUCGACGUGAUGAGGAGCAAGACGGUCCCAAGCGUCUCGACGACGUGACGGAGGUUUGA